GAGAGAGAAAGCCGACGGCGUCGAAACUUCCGUUAUUUUGACCCACUUUGUUGUAUCAAAAAUCGAAAUCGAUCCUGGAGAGAAAAACCCUAAUUCCGUCGAUCCAGUUUUUUGCCUCGCAACAAUACACAAUACAUAUCUCUCUCUCUCUCUCUCUGGAACCCAACCCCAAUCUGCAUCUUCUCCUCUGCAACACAAUCGCGAUCGCUCCAAUCGAUCCCUCCCCUCUCUCUCGCCCUUCUCCGCAACCGAUUACAAUUUGAUUUCAAGGACAUGUCUCCAGCAUCCAAAUCAAAGUCCAAGGACAAAAAGGCUGGCAAGGAACCACAGAAGGCAGCUUCCAAGUCUUCAGGACAUGCUAAUGCAGGUAGUGGUAUUCCAGUCAGUGGUUACAAUCCGCUUUUAGGAAAAUUUCACACACUUGAGGUGGCACCAUUGUCUGCUUCUCCUGUUCACAUAAACAACAGCCGUUUCAGGAAUAUAGAUGAGUCAGAUGACCAUUGUGGGAACUCAAUUGGAACCGGGACAGAGUAUGAUACGGUUUCAAACAAUGGUAGCUGGUCUGGUGAGUCAGAAGACCAUAAAGAGAAAACGCCUAAUCAUCCUCCCCCUCAGGAGGCCAUACCAGGAGCUGAAAAUGAUAAACGUGAAAAAACCCGUCAAAAGAAUGAGAAGAAGCAUCAGCGUCAAAAAGAGAGGCGAGCUCAGGAAUUGCACGAGCGGUGUACCGGCUUUCUCAUGUCAAGAAAGUUGGAAGCACUUGCCCAACAGCUCGUUUCAAUGGGAUUUUCUUCAGAACGGGCAACGAUGGCUCUUAUUUUGAAUGAAGGCAAAAUAGAGGAUUCAGUUUCAUGGCUAUUCGAAGGGGUUGAAGAAUCAGAUGAGCACAAGGAACAUAACCUUGACGGGGGUAGUCUGAAAAUUGACAUUUCAGAGGAACUAGCUCACAUUGCAGACAUGGAGAUUAGGUUUAAGUGCUUGAGGCAGGAGGUUGAAAGAGCUAUCGUUGCCUGCGAAGGUGAUCUUGAGAAGGCAGCAGAAACCUUGAGAGCGCAGAAGCAAGACCCUCCCUCUUCCUCACCGAAGCCAGAAGAAACCGAUGAUCUGCCAACUCUCAGCAAUGGCAAGCUUUCAGUAUCGGCUAAUCAGAAUCCAUUGACAGUUCAAACAAAACCCAAUCCAUCUUCUACCAUACAACAAAGAAGGGAUGAAAAAGAUUUCAAUUACACAAAAGCAGCAGUUGCAAUCAGAGUACCUGUGGAAUCAGGGGUCAAAAUUGUGCAGGCUCCGAGGAAAGUAGUGUCUAAAUCGGAUUGGGCAAAACCACAACAGAUCGCUAUGCCUGCAGCAGACAAAAGGGGUCCAAGCGUGGCAUCAAAUCCUUCGGUUUCGUAUUCUUUGGCUUCACGUUUGCAGGUAACACCUCCACCAGCCAAGAUAGAAACCCGAUAUGCAAUGCUUGGUAGUGAAUUGAAGAAUCUUCAACUGGGAUCGGUGAAAGAACCAGUCGUAAUGAUGCAGUGGCCCCAAUCUGCAAAUUCAAAGCCUGCCCCAACCAGUAGCAUAAGCUCAUCUCCUCCCGCAGCAGCCUCUGGUUGGUAUCCAAACAAUGUAGAAGUAGUAAAACCUAAUGGAUUGUCACUUCAUAUUCCUAGCACAAGAAACGUUGCUCCUAAUGGCUUGGGUUCGAGUCAAUUGUACAACCAACUUCAUUACCAACACCAGCAAUUCGUACCCAAUGGUGGCUCGGUGGAUUCCCCAGGAGCAACCCGCGGAAAUGGGUUGUGGAACAGAACGGGUACUUCUCCGACAAUCUCAGCCGCUGCCUCUCUCGGACUCUUUUCCGGGUUGGGCUCGAACGCCUCAUCUGGGUCAUCAUCUCCUGUAGACUGGAACACCGGUGGGUCAAUGCUGCAGUUAGAUUACACCAACAUAGACUGGACUUUGGAUCGAAGUUUGUCUAGCUCGAGGUCAAAUGGAACAUGGCAUGGCACGACUUCUGUAAUGCAAAACAAUCAUAUAUACGACUCAUAUAGUGGAGUGAGUGCUAGGGCUAACAUGAGACCUGGUUUGGCCAACGGUGGUGGCAUCUCACUUGCAGGAUUGCAAGACAGUGGAGCUGGUUCUGCUGAAAUGUCUAGUGCCGGUUCUCAGGAGUGGUCUUCUCCUUUUGAGGAGAAAGAUAUCUUCAGUUUACCCAGACAGUUUGUUUCUUCUCCUUCCCUUUAGGGCGAGAGCGCCAGUGGAAUUGAAAAGAAUAAAAUGAAGGGGGGAAAAAUGAAAGAAAGACGAGAAAUUGUGGUUUGAAUUUGAUGUUGGUGUUGAUUCUUGUGAUGCUGCUGUGUUGUUGACUGUUUAUGUCAGUCUUUAGUGGGGAAAAAAGCAUCUAAGAAUCCAUUUGGUUUC